AUGGACACAAUAAGUGAUGAAGCUACUCAAACGGUCACCCUAUUGCGACAAGGCCAGACUCAGCGUGAAGUGGCACAUGCGCUAAACAUGAGCCAGUCUGCUGUUUCCAGAGUUUACCGUCGUUACCAAGAGACUGGUAACUUUAAUCGAAGACGCGGUUCCGGAACAAAAAAGUGCACAUCGGAGAGAGAUGCCAGAUUCAUUGUCAGCUCAUCGCUGAGAAAUCGGGCCCUCACUGGCGUUCAAGUCCAACAAGAGGUCAGAGAAACGCGAGGAGUGGCUGUGAGUGGCUGGACAGUCAGAAGACGAUUUAAAGCAGCUAACCUUGAACCAAAAAGGCCAGCUACUGGCCCCAAAUUAACCCCAGCAGCCUGCCUAUGA